AUGGCGACCAGCGAACCCACCUGUAAUCAGGAAGGGAUUCAAGAACUUCGAGAGGAGCUGGAAGUCUUAAGAACCACGUCGUCAGUUCUGGACCCGGGACAAGACGUCAGAAGUGCCUGGACGGGGAGCGUCCUGGAGGUUGUGACGCGUCAGACGGAGACGCCACAGGACGCAGGUGCGAAGGUGCGGCCCGCUGCUGAGUCUGAGGACGCCGCCGCUCCCGGCUGUCUGAGACAGCAUGGUCUGGACGAGGGCCCCGCGGACAUCGAUACGGUGUUGCAGGUGUAUCGCCAGAGUGUCCUGGGAACGGGAGAGAACGCGCUACAUCCGGGGUACUUUGCCUACAUCCCGACCGGAGGACUGUACCCGGCGGCUCUGGGAGACUUUCUGGCCGCCGCGUGUGGAACAUACACCGGGGCCUAUCCGCUCUGUCCAGGAGGGGUUGAGAUGGAGAACAUGUUGAUCACGUGGCUGGCAGCGUUGCUGGGAUACCCACAAGGCCACGCAGGAAACAUCUCGUCUGGCGGUACCAUGGCAACAAUAACGGCCCUAGCAACGGCACGAGACAGCGCGGGGAUCAAGGCCGCGGACUUCCACAGAUGUGUGCUGUACGGGAGCACCCUGCUGCACCACUCCGCGGAGAAGGCGCUCCAGGCCGUGGGGAUGGCGGAAGCCACGGUCCGGAAGGUCCCGGUGGACGCAGAGUUUAGAAUGAACGUGUUUUCUCUGGAGCAGCAAAUAAUGCAGGACAAGGAGGCGGGUUUGUUGCCAUUUGUCGUGGUCGCGACCGUGGGAACUACUGACGUUGGCUCCGUGGAUCCAGUCGACGCCAUCGCGGACGUCUGCAGACGUCAUGCCGUCUGGCUGCACGUGGACGGCGCGUACGGAGGGUUCUUCGCCCUGGUGGACGACGUCAAACACCUGUUCAGGGGCGUGGGGAGGAGCGACUCUGUCGUGCUCAAUCCACACAAAGGUCUGUUCGUGCCGUGCGGCACAGGCGUGCUGAUAGUUCGGGAAGGCGGGAAGCUGUUGCGGUGCUGUUCGUCCCACCGCCUGGGGAACUACUACAGCUGUCUGCAGCUGUCCCACACCGAGCUGUCCCCCUGUCAGCUGUCCUUCGAACAGACUCGUCAUUUCAGAGGACCGCGUCUCUGGUUGCCGCUCAAGCUGUACGGCAUCGCUGCUUUCCGGGCUGCCCUGAGGGAGAAACUUCUGCUGGCUCGAUAUUUCUACCAGCGGCUAAAGGAGACGGGUCUGUUUGAGCUCCCGCUGAAACCGCAGCUAUCCGUAGUAGUGUUCCGCUACGCGACGCCACCUGGCGAGGAUACUGAGUAUCACAACCAGCGGCUGCUUGCUGCAAUCCUGUCGGACGGUCGUGUGUAUCUCACUCCGACAACUGUAGGCGGGGCGUUCUUUCUCCGCGUCUGUGUUCUGCACUUCAGGUCACAUCUUGAGCAUGUUGACCUGUGUUUAACUAUCAUCAAGCAGGCUGCUGAGCGUAUUUGUAACGGUGGUUGAAGUACCAUGCAUGAAGGUGUCUGUACACAUGUGUACAUGAUAAUGCCUCCUUUAUAAUACAUGUACAAUGUACAUGUACUCGUACGUUCGUUAUAGAACUUCCAAAUCGUCAGCAUUGGUGAAGAACCGCAUUAGAGAAGACUGGCGGAAGGUUGGAUGGGAUCAAUACAGAGGAUUUAUUAAGCAUAUACUAAAGGUUAUACGUCUCGAUAUACCGAGCAGAAAAGUUAUACUAGUACGAGUAUUAGAACAGCACGGAACUGGCUCGAGAGACACAUGUAUGGUGAUAAGCUAUCAUGAUGAGAACAGUAACAUGUAAAUUUCAUCAAGAGCUGUAGUAGUGAGAUGACACAAUAUCAUAUCGCAAAAAGAGAAAAAUAGAAAUCAUCAAGGCUAAUUAUAACUUUUCACAUUUUAUGGAGU